CGUUUUUGUUUUUUUGUCCUUUGGGUUCCGGGGGUUCUCCCUCCCUAUCUCUCUCUCUCUGUAGCUUGUUUGAACUUUCUCUGGUAACCGAUGGAUUGAGCUGGGGUUCUCGUCUGCAAGACUUCGCGUGAUGCAGGUUGCAAAAGGAGUAACUUUAUCCUCAAGAAAUUAUACUGCUCGGUUAGCAGAUUCGAAAAGGGUUUUCACCAAGAUAUAUGAUUCUGUACAUGGGACAAACAUUCAGUGUCAUGGAAGGAUGUUUGCUGCCUCUGUUCCGUCUGAAGCAUCUGAACCCCUGAGGCGCCAGAGGAGACUGUCAAAAGAUGAACGGCGUGCAAUGGUGAUAUCCUUUAUUGACAAGUACAGGGCUGAGAAUUCAGGAAAAUUCCCUCCCCCUUCCAUUGCUAGAAAUAACGUGGGUGGUUCUUACUAUGUUAUAAAGCAGAUUAUUCAGGAACUAGAAUACAAAUCCAAGGUAUCCACUACUACCUGGAUGGAAGAAAAUAUACAGAGAAAAGAAGUAGAAGCUGCUAGCCAGGAAUCUUUGACUGAAGUUGAAGAAGUUUCUGAAAGUACAAUGGGUUUAACUCCUCCUGAACAUAAGUUGGGAAUAGAUGCAGGCGCCCAAACCAUGAUUAAUACCAUGAAUGAUGGGGUGAUUAGUACACAUUUUGAUGCAAAAGAAGGGCCUCAAGUUUCCACCAGGGUUGAGGAGGUUUUGUCAGUUGAAAAUAUAAAACUGGAAAGUGAGAAAGUUAUUCAUACACAGCCUGAGAAACAUGAAGAUAGUGAAAAAGAUGGAACUGCUACUAAAGGCUCGCGAGACUCAAAUAGUCCAAGGGGAGAAGUUGUGCAAGAGACUGCUCAAGCCCUUGAUUCAGAUAAAUUUGAAAGGGACAUCGUUAGAAAAGAGAAUGAAGAAGACGAGUUGCAAAAGAGAUCAAACAUUUGGAGAAAUCUAAAAUCUAUCGCAGAUGGUUUUGUGAACUUUUGGAGAAAAAAGUAAUGUUCUACCGAGGUAGUCUUGAAUCUUGGAAAUUUUGAAAGUUUAUCAUGUUUUGGUUAUAUUAUUUUCAUUACAACACUAUAUUAUGAGAUCUGUAGCUCAUAUCUGUGUCCAUGUUCUUUGUCCAUGUGAAAAUCUAACUUUCUUUGUGACGUACUACAAGCUCUCACGAAUAGGUAUGAGUUUGGCCUCAGAUAGGAUUUAAGAAAUUUGAUAUGUUGAGAAAAGUGUAUACAGUAUCAUUCU